AUGCGGUGCUUCAUAGCUUCGGCUACGGUAUUGGUGCUUCUUUGGCAGGCUGCUGCGGUAUCCGCGUCAUCACCAGUGCAAGCAGUGUUCCAGGCGGAUCAGUUGCAGCCACAUCGUGUUACCUCGGCUCACCGCGUCGAUACUCUGAGAAGACCUUUCGGCCGGUUUCUGCAUAUUACCGAUCUUCAUCCGGAUCCGCACUACAAACAUGGAUCCGCAGUGAGCGGCGCAUGCCACCACAAGAAACCCAAAAAGAGCCAGCCAGAGGGAAGACUGCGUGCUGGAUGGUGGGGUACCGCUUUGACCGACUGCGACUCACCGCCUCGCUUGGUAGAGUCGAGUCUCGCCUGGGCAUCUCGCAACCUUGCUCAGAGUGCAUCUCUCCAAUCACAGACUGCUACUCGGAGCACCUCGUCAGCGUCAAACGGCGUAGAGACAGCGCUCGACUUUAUCAUCUGGACGGGCGACUCGGCACGCCACGACAACGACAACCGCGUCCCUCGUUCCAGCAAAGAGAUCUUCGAGCUCAACAGAUGGGUUCUUUCGCAGCUCGAAUCUGCGUUCCCCGGUGUACCGCUUGUUCCGACCGUGGGUAACAACGACAUAUUCCCGCACAACAUUCUCUUCCCAGGACCCAACGCCGUCACAAAGGAGUACGUCCAAAUCUGGCAAGACCACAUCCCCGAGUACGAAUUCCACACAUUCGAACAAGGCGGCUACUACGUCAAAGAGAUCCUUCCAAACCGACUCGCAGCUAUGUCGCUCAACACGCUUUAUUUCUACGAUAGCAACAAGGCUGUAGACGGAUGCGUCAGGACAAAACGAGGCAAGGCAAAGCAAGUGGAUCCGGGAACAGCGCAGUUGGACUGGUUGGAGGUCCAGUUGAACUUGUUCAGGCAGAGAGGUAUGCAGGUUCACUUGCUAGGGCAUGUGCCACCGACCGCAGGCAACUACUUUGACAAGUGCUACAGGAGGUAUACUGAUAUCGUGUUGCGCUUCCAGGAUACCGUGGUUGGGCAACAUUUCGGUCACAUGAAUACCGAUGCGUUCUUCAUUCAGGAGGACGAGGAGGAGGCGUAUCAGCAACGUGUGCAACUCGAACCGGUGCAUGUCGAGGACGAGCAAGGCUUGCCCGCAGAUUUGAAGCAGGAUUACUCGACGUUGCCUGGCAAAGGCAGGACGAACCAAGACAUGUACUCGGUGUUUUACAUCGCUCCGAGUGUUAUUCCAACGUACUAUCCUUCGAUCAGGUUGUGGACAUACAACACCACAGAGGAGGCCAGGUACGCCUCCGUCACAGAGUUGCUCGAUUCAACGCCGUCAGAGGACCAAGAGCAACAAGAUACGUCAGAGGUGGAUCAAGAUGAAGAUGACACCGACGACGAUCUUGAUCAUGAUCAAGCAGAUGUCCAAGGUCCGCCUUUUGGAAGUCUCUCACGACACCACCAUCGGCCGACACCGCCCGAAAGGCGCAAAGGCAGAAAACACAAGAAGAAGAAACGGAAACCGCUGCCUCGUCAUGCUUCGCCCAACUCACCCUCGCGCACCAACACCUACCUGAGCCUGUUGGGCUACAGCCAAUGGGUAAUGGAUAUUGAUGAGCAGAACAAAGCUAUCGAGCACAUCCUCGAUCCUAGGAUCGACGACGUUCUUGACCGAGCGUCGGCAUCCGCUGAGAGACAAGAGGACAAGAAGAAACACAAAAACAAGCAUACCAGUGACAAUGACAAGGAGAAGGAGAGAAAGAAACGACAAGAUCAAGCCGACAAGGUGCAGGUCUCGUAUCGACUGGAAUACGUGACGUACACACCCGACGUUUUGUGGGCGGAAUUCGAUCCGACUGCCACUGCAUCGCCGGGUCCCGUACCCAAACACUUGCUCGAGCAAGAAUUGCACCGCGCUGGAUUGCAAAGUCCCUUCCUCACAUCGCACGUCAGUGACGACACCCAAGACGAGCAAGUGCACCACUUGACGCGCAAGAAGCGUUCGGCCAAACUCGCCAAACCACUCCGCAAGUUUACCGACUACUCGUUACCGUCCGUUACGAUCACCAACAUGAUGGACCUGGCACGACGCUUGAUGGUCGACAAAAAGCUGUGGAAGCGCUUCAAGAAGAGGAUUUACUCUGAGAGCGGCUACCUGCCAUAA